UCCUUCAUGACAACAGAACCCACAACAACCAUGACUCUGAUCACCAUCUUCAUCUGGACUCUAGCUGUCUACAUACAGGAGUCCAGAGGACAGAUCACUGUGACUCAGACUCCUGCAGUGAAAGCUGUUCUCCCAGGACAGACCGUCUCUCUGCAGUGUAAAACCAGCAGUGAUGUGUAUCAAGCAGGAACCUCUACCCCCCGUCUAGCCUGGUACCUCCAGAGACCUGGAGAAGCUCCUAAACUCCUCAUUUACAACGCUAAAACACUUCAGUCUGGGACUCCAUCUAGAUUCGGUGGUACAGGAUCACAUAGUGACUUCACUCUGACCAUCAGUGGAGUCCAGGCUGAAGAUGCAGGAGAUUACUACUGUCAGAGUUUUCACUACCCUAACAGUGUGUACGUGUUCACACAACCACAGGUGAAAGUCAUCAAACUGGUUCAGAAGCAGUACUGUGCAGAGGAGCUCAAAGAUGUCCUCACAGACAUCUUCAACACCUCUCUGAGUCAGGCUGUUGUUCCCACGUGCUUCAAAGCCACCACCAUUAUUCCUGUGCCAAAGAAGUCACCUCCAUCAUGCUUCAAUGACCAGGAGAUUUUCGUUCAGCAUUCAACACCAUUAUCCCUCAGCAGCUUUUCUGGAAACUGGACCGGCUUGGAGUGCACAUAUGUCUGCAUUUGGCUGCUGGACUUCUUCACUGGGAGACCACAAGCGGUACGGGUCAGCACCAACACAUCCAGCACCAUCAUGCUGACCACAGGGGUCUACCAAGGAUGUGUGCUCAGACCCCUGCUCUUCACCCUGCUGACACAUGACUGCAUGCUGAGGUACAGCACCAAUCACCUCAUCAAGUUUGCAGAUGACACAAAUGUAGUGGGACUCAUCAGCAACAACUAUGAGACAAACUACAGGAAGGAGCUGUCCUUCAUGACAACAGAACCCACAACAACCAUGACUCUGAUCACCAUCUUCAUCUGGACUCUAGCUGUCUACAUACAGGAGUCCAGAGGGCAGUACACUCUCACUCAGAGUCCUGCAGUGAAAGCUGUUCCUGCAGAAGAAACAGUCUCCAUAGCCUGUAGAGUUAGUAGUCCUGUGUACGGUAAUAAUCUAGCCUGGUACCUCCAGAGACCUGGAGAAGCUCCUAAACUCCUCAUUUACUACGCUACACCACUUCAGUCUGGGACUCCAUCUAGAUUCAGUGGUACAGGAUCACAUAGUGACUUCACUCUGACCAUCAGUGGAGUCCAGGCUGAAGAUGCAGGAGAUUACUACUGUCAGAGUUACCACAGUGGUGACGUGUUCACACAGUGAUACAGAGCCGUACAAAAACCUCCCUCAGUCAGACUGCACAGUGACUGCACUGCUACAGCUGAGACCUACUGCAGGUGCUGAAGGGGAAGAGACAGUGACAUGGAACACUGGUCAGUAGAGGUCUCAUGAAACAUCAAAUCACAUACUGUACACAUCCCUCUGUCUCUCCCUGAAAACAAAGAUGAUGAUGUCGACAAUUGUAAUGAUAAUGGUGAUAGUCAUCAUAAUCAACAUGAUAUUAAUGUACAUUCCAUGAUUGUCAGGGGUUUCAUCACAUCACAGUUGAUCUUUACUGACCUGUGAUCUACAAGGGUAGUAUCCAGCUGAGAGUGAUAAACAUUCACGAAUGUACUAAAUGCAUACUUUCUCAAUUCAGAGUAAUACGUGGAAACUAUUUGCCUUGUCUGUAUAAGACACGGCUCCAAACCCAGACUUCAAAACAAACUUCCCUACAG